AUGGCUAGGGUGACCAGGAAACCACAAGCACCUAGCAGCUAUGGAAAACCCAACUUUAAGUACCAAAGGGAGGCAGAAGAGGAAGGCCACCUGUCCAUGCAGAUCCUGAGGGAGAUAACCAGGAAGGUAAAAAGACCCUUUCCAGGAAUUUCAAGAAUAAAAGCCUCUCCAAAAACUCCCAGUCCUUCAGUUAAGUCUAGAAGGCCAACACUAUUUGGCCUUUAUCACAGGCUGAGUAAGGCACUGAUUCAAAAUGGAGAUGUACCACAACAGGAUUAA